GCUUUGCUUCCGGUUGGCGCUGGAAGUGAAGUGUGGGGGACGUUGCGCUGGGGUCCUCCCUGUUGUCACUUGUCAACGUUUCUCGCUGUUCUGUGGUCUCCAAUGCAUCCGCGGCGCCCCGAAGGCUUCGACGGCCUGGGCUACCGGGGCGGCCGAGAGGAACCGGGGGGCUUCGCGGCUAAGCCAGACUUUGGCCACUGGGUCAGUACCCCGCCUGACAUCCCCGGCAGCCGUAACCUCCACUGGGGCGAGAAGACGCCUCAGUUCACCGCAGGAACCCCGCUGGGGGCAGCGGUUGGGCUUAACGAGGACCUGUAUCCUGGAGGCGCUGGCGGCAGCUCCGAACAGUUGAAUCGGUUUGCAGGCUUUGGAAUUGGCCUCGCAAGUUUGUUUACAGAGAAUGUGCUGGCUCAUCCAUGCAUUGUUCUGCGGCGGCAGUGCCAGGUUAAUUACCAUGCCAAGAAUUAUCAUCUCACUCCAUUUACAAUCAUCAAUAUUAUGUAUAGCAUCAACAAGACACAGGGGCCCAGAGCUCUUUGGAAAGGAAUGGGAAGCACUUUUAUUGUUCAGGGCAUAACCCUAGGAGCAGAAGGUAUCAUCAGUGAAUUCACGCCCUUGCCAAGAGAGCUUUCAUAUAAAUGGAGUCCCAAGCAAAUAGGAGGACAUCUAAUGCUGAAAGGGUUGACUUGUGUGGUAGCUAUGCCUUUUUAUUCAGCAAGCCUGAUUGAAACUGUACAAAGCGAAAUAAUUCGGGAUAAUCCUGGAAUUCUAGAUUGCCUGAAAGAAGGCAUAGGCAGAGCAAUGGGCUUUGGAGUGCCCCAUAGUAAGCGGUUACUUCCUCUCCUGGCACUGACCUUUCCAACUGCUCUGCAUGGAAUUCUUCACUAUAUAAUCAGUUCCUCUGUACAGAAGUUAGUCCUCCUCCUCCUUAAGAAAGAGAAUUCCUCCAGCCUGGCAACAGAGAACUCCAGCUCUGUGCAGAGCAUGUUGGAUGCUUAUUUUCCAGAACUUAUUGCUAGCUUUGCUGCCAGCCUUUGUGCAGAUGUCAUGCUCUAUCCUCUGGAGACAGUUCUGCACCGUCUUCAUAUUCAGGGGACCCGCACCAUCAUUGACAAUACAGACCUUGGGUAUGAAGUUCUCCCUAUCAAUACUCAAUAUGAAGGAAUGAGAGACUGUAUCAAUGCCAUAAAGCGUGAAGAAGGAGUAUUGGGGUUUUACAAAGGGUUUGGGGCUGUAGUUGUACAGUAUACAUUGCACGUAGCUGUAUUGCAGUUCACUAAAAUUCUUUACUCUACACUGCUUCAGAAUGUUUCUUAAACAUAAAUGGAUGUGGCCACUUGAAAGGUGCAUAUUCAGAAGAUAGGUAAGCAAGUGAAAUCUGAGAGUUUAGAAUCUGCAGUAAUGUUUUUUCGUUGUGCCACCUAGAAUGUUCCUUUGUAAAUAGAACUGUAUGUCCCCCAUGUCCUUUGCACAAAACUUGAUCGAAGGAAAAAAGAAACAUGAAAGCCUAUGAGGGCUUCAAAACCACUGAAAUGUAAAUAAAGUAUUAGAAAAAUAUUUUAUAAAUCUGUGUGGAGGAUAUGAUUUUCAGACUGUUAUUGAUAGAUCUUAGACCCAAUCUUACUGGCAAUUUCUUCAGCAUAAACUCCAUCUGGAAUGAAUGUUAGCUGUGCAAGAGUAAGCUGUGCUCCUGUUUUUAAGAUCUUCACUCUUUAGGGGGACCUAGUUCCUCAGUGUGGCUUGAAAUUAUCAUAAUUUUGUCUGUAUUUGAAUGCUUUCAGAAACCAAUGAACUUUGACAUUUCUGCAGAAGGGUUUUCCCAUGUAAUUGCCCUAACAAAGAUUAACACCCUGAUAUCUUGUAAAGCACAUGAAUGUAAAACCUAUGUUACUCUUAUUCCCCGCCCCCAGACUUUUCUUGGUUUACAAGUAUGACACUGAUUUUGUCAUGACUAUCUGAAGAAAGUUGUAUGAGAGCAAAACCAGAUAUACCUGAUUUGCAGUCUCAGGUGUCUAAAAGAAUGAUCUCCUAAAGAAGACUUUGGCUAAAGACUUUACUAUUCAAUAAAUCAGUAAGAGUAAAACAGUGUGAGACUGCAGCAAAAUGUUAUAAUGGAUUAUAGAUGUGUUGGGCAACUAGUAUGAACUGUUGCCCUAAGAGUACUUGAAAGUAAGUUCUAUUGAAAUAUAAUAAAUUUUAUUUUAAGUAAAUGUGUGCUAAAUAAUGUAUUGGUCAUAUCCCAAGAUAUGUCUUACUGAUAUUUGUGUAUAAUUUUACCAAUCAUGACCUUUGUUUUCAAAUUUCAAAUAUAAAAAAGUGCUUACCUUUUAGUGUCACUCCUCUUUUCCAUUCCUUGUAAGGAAAUGUGAAUGAAUCUGGUGACCACUGUCUUUCCAGCACAGCAGCCUGUAUAUUGUCUUACUUAUUAUAUACCCAGUCAGAUCUUUAUUGCCUGAUCUUCUGGAAUAAGAUUUACAGAUGAGAGCAUAAAUAGCUAACACUGAACAUUAAUAUACAACAUUCUUUCCUAAAAUGUCAAAAUUUGAUGAUGUAAAAAAUGACCAUUAAAUGUUUAUUUUUGCUUUUUUGUCCAAGCUUGAUCUAACAGAGGUGUUUUACAAACUGUGUUUUCACAAAGUGCUAGUAGGCUAAGAGGAACUUUUGAAGAGGCUAUGCCUUUCUCAUAAAUUAAGGUGUGUUGUAAGAGACUUGGUUUAGCUGUAUGAAUCCAAUAAAUUAAUGUUCAAAUGCAGAGAUGCUGUAAAAAAGUCAUAUUUAAUGGAAUACAGUUGCUACAAGCACUUUAAACUGUUGACACACAGAAUGAUCUGUGAAAGAAACGCAUUUUGGUUGUCACUGUCUUAGGCCUCAAUCCAGUGCAGGUUUAGUCCAAAAAAAAGUCCAUCAAUUUCCCACAUAGAUAUGUUUGAAGUUGGCAUGGCCAAUCCAACCUAAUCUAAACUUCCAAUCUUCCAAUCUAAACUUGCAUAAGAUUGUUCCCUUGAAACAGUUAAAUGUUAGAACUAAGGAUACAAGAAAACUUCAGUUUCUAAACUAUAUAUACCUUUUGGCAGGAUAAAGUACAAAUAAAUUGCCUAAGAAGAGAAAAUUCAGGACAAAUUCCAGUAUCUUGAUGUAUGUUGCAGAUGCAUUUUCUUAAUACUUCUAAAAGGAUAUAGAAUGUGUUGAGAGGAAUGGUGUACUCUGUCAACUCUAAAUAAAACUUUUAAAAAUA